AUGGAUGUUUGCGCCGCAAGCAUCGCCGUCGUCGCCAGAUGCUCCGCGAGCUAUCCAGUCCGAUGGUAUAUGUGGUGGAGGAAGGACGACUGCAGCGCACAAACUCUGUGGAACAGCGUCAAGAGCUCGAAUGACGUCAGGAGCAGUGUGUUUGCUGUCUGGGGUCCCGGAACCCCAGGAGCCAGUCAAAGGUUCCAGGAGUACGUCCUUAUGGCUGCUAACAACAAAAACUCUGCUUGCGUGAAGACUUAUCUUCUGGAUUGGAUCAAGUGCAAGGCUGCUGUGACGGAUGCUGCAGUUCAGUUCUACAACUCUGCGUUGGGUGUUGGGGUGACUAGUAUCAAGGACGUCGGGAAGAUGGCUGGAGUCAUGACCAUCAUAAUCAAGAAGAUUGGCGAGGGCGUGUUCAAUACGCUUGCGGAGAACCUGAGGCAGGGAGUCCGCAAUAAGAACAAGCACAACAUGGAUUUUCACAACGGUGGUAUCGUUCCUGUGCACGAGCAGCACCAGCUACUGAACGCGAAAGUCUCCACAUUUGACUUAGAGCUUCUUGCAGCUGAUGUCCUCCUGAUUGAUGACGACAAAGAUAGUGUGGGCCUCACCAAAUCAAUGAUUCUGUUCGCGUCUUCUGGCAACCCUUCCUGUGGUCAAAUUAAUCUUGCUCAACGGCUUGGCUCACCCCCUACUAUGGCUCGUCUGACGUCAUCAUGGUGGAUGCUGACGCUUCUGGUGCUUCUGCCGGCACUCGCCGCGUCAGCUUUCGCGGCGGAAGCUUCUGGCGAAGCUGCUACGGAAUCCAAACCGGAUCCUCCGCCUAUCACUCCUCCCUUCUCGGGAAAUGAGUUUGUCGUGCCCGAGUCCUUCCUCUACCCCAUGUUCGGCCCUCCUCACCCCGAUGGUCGUUCUGGGCCUGGCGGCCCCGGCGGUCCCUGGGGUCCGGGCGGUCCCGUCGGUCCCGGCGGUCCCGGCGGUCCCGGCGGUCCCGGCGGUCCUGGCGGUCCUGAUGGUCCUGGUGGUCCCGGUGGUCCCGACGGUCCCGGUGGUCCCUGGGGCCCUGGCGGUCCCGGCGGUCCUGACGGUCCAGGCGGUCCCUGGGGUCCCGGCGGUCCCGGCGGUCCCGGCGGGCCUGACGGGCCGGACGGUCCUCCUCGCGAUCCCUUCGACGGCCCAUUCUUUCGUUCCAGCGGGCUUGACGGGUCCGAGAGGCCCUCCCGGCCCGACCACAGGCCCUCGCGACCCGACCACCGGCCGUCCCGGCCCGACUGGCCGCACAAUUCCCCGCGCGAUCUUCUCGCCGACUCGCUUGACGGGUCCGACAGGCCCUCCCGGCCCGACCACAGGCCGUCCCGACCCGACCACCGGCCCUCCCGGCCCGACUGGCCGCACAAUUCCCCGCGCGAUCCUUUCGCUUCCGCCGACGCCUCAGACGAGUCCCGCCGGGGCGGAUUUUUCGCCUCUUUCGGCCCGCAUCCGCCCUUCGGCCCGCAUCCCCCCUUCGGUCCGCAUCCCCCCUUUGGUCCGCACUCGCACCCGCAUCCGCACCCGCCGUUUCCGCCGCCUCCUCCUCCGCUCGGCGCGAUUCAGCUGACGUUUGAGCUGCUGGCGGCCGUGGGGCGCGCGAUUCGCGUGCUGUAUGGCCCGAGCGUGGAGGCGGCAACGGGGGAAGAGCAUACCUGCGGAGAGUGCGUCACGUGGACGACCGAGGCGCUUCUGAAUGCCUUCUCUAAGGACAUUAACACCACCAUCUGUGCUGAAGACGCUCCUGCAGCAGCAACAGACCCGCCUCACCGCCACUUCUGUCGCCUCUUUGCCAACCUCACCACAGUAUCAGCCAUUGGCAUUUUCGACAAGAUCCACAUCAACCCUCUCUCCAUGGCUGUCUCGGUCUGCGCCAAAUUCGGGGCCUGCAUGCCUAAACCUCACCCUCCCGAAGCGAAUCCCGAGCCUGCUGCCGAACCUGAGGGCCUGGUCGAGGAGCAGGCUGUUGCCGAGCCUGUUUCCGAGGCUGAUACCGUUGAGGCGGUUGCUUCGGACGACGCACCUGUGAAGGUUCGCAUUGCAACGCCCUCGCGCCGCCUACUGGGGCACGACAAUGGGCGCAUGGAUAUGGACAUGGAUAUGGGAAGCGUGCACAUGGCCAUGAACAGCAUUGGCAUGCUCAUGUCAUCGUCCGUUCCAGAACCUUCCGAGGAUGCUUCCGCUGGCGCAGCCACUGAAGGAGCAAAGAACAGGGAAACGGAGGGAGGAGAGGCAGGAGAGGAAGGAGAGGAGGGAGGAGACAAAGGAGGGGGAGACACCUGCGACACGUGCAUUAUCGAGGGCUUUCAUCUGAUCGAGCAGUCUGUUCACGCCAAGAUCAAGUGGAUAUGCAGCCACGCAGAGGACGAGCACGCGCCCCCGCACAUCAGGGCGAUGUGCAAGUUCAUCCACCAGUACCCCUACCUCACUAUGGUCAUCGCUGUUAUGAAGAUCAAGCCGUGGGAGAAGGUGGUUCCGGCGUGCUUUCACAUGGGCGCCUGCAGGCCUCCCCACCCUCCUCCCCAUCCUCCGCAUCCUCCCCAUGGGCCCUGCCCCCCGGGGGAAGACUGUCCCCCUCCUCCUCCCCAUGGGCCUUGCCCCCCUGGGGAAGAUUGCCCCCCUCCGCCCUGCCCCCCUGGGGAGGACUGUCCCCCUCCCCCCUGCCCCCCUGAGGAAGAUUGUCCCCCUCCUACCCCCUGCCCCCCUGGCCAGGAGUGCCCCCCUCCGCCCUUCCCCCCUCCCUCCUGCGCCCACACUCCCCUCCCCAACGACGUUGUCCCCCUCCCCAUCCUCCCCACUCUCGACCUUAACAUUUUCCACCCGCCUCCGCCGUUCCCCCCUUCCUUCGCCCCUCCCUUCGCCCCUCCCUUCGCCCCUCCCUUCGCCCCUCCCUUCGCUCCUCCCAACCGCCCUCCUUUCCCUCCUCACCCAUCCGGCCCUCCUCCCCCACCAUGCUCCCUCUUCGGUUUCCUCCGUGCUGCUGGAAGCUUCCUUGCCCGCCUUCUCGGUUUCCCUCCCCCUCCUCCCCCCCCGCCGCCGCCCUGCCCGGGGAACGAACCUGAGGGGCUUUUAGCUAAGUAUCUCUUAGCUGAGAGCCAGAUGGUGGGGAAAGUUGCAGCAGGAGAGAGUGGGGAGGAGAGUUGGGAUGAUUCCGCGGAGGGUGUUGGGGCGGUUCUAGAUGGGGACGAUUUGAAAGGCGAUGGGAGCAUCGAGGUUGUGAGUGUGGGGGGUUUCGAAGAUGCUGGAGCAGAGAUUGAUGGUGCUGCUGCUGCUGCUGUUGCUGCUGAUGCCUAUGUUGAUGCUGCUGCUGCUGCUGCUGAUGCUGCUGAUGCUGCUGAUGCUGAUAGGAUGGUGAGGGUGAUGCUGGAUAGCACUGGCUAA